AUGGCCACUUCAACCGGUACCGGCUGGGCUCAGCUCCGGCAGCAAGCCCGAUCUCUCGAGACUCAGACCGAGAACCUUUUCCACACAUACUCUCAAUACGCCUCAUUAACAAAGCUCCCUCCCACACCCUCGGAGGAAGAGCAGCGGAUUGAAUCGCAACUCAAAGACCUCCUAGAACGACGCGACUCCCUAAUCUCCCAACUCGCCCGCCUCCUCGACUCCGAAGCAACCCUCACCUCCUCCGCCCUCAAACAAAACAACCUCUCCCGUCACCGCGAAGUCCUCCACGACCACCGUCGCGAACUCCAGCGUCUCAAAUCCGCCAUCUCCGAGUCCCGCGACCGCGCUAACCUCCUCUCCAACGUCCGCUCCGAUAUCGAUGCCUACCGCAACUCGAACCCUGGUCAGGCGGAAGCCGAUUACAUGCUUGAGGAGCGGGGUCGGAUUGACGAAAGCCAUAAUAUGAUUGAUGGGGUGUUGAGUCAGGCGUAUGCUAUUAAUGAGAACUUUGGUCUCCAGCGGGAGACGCUAGCCAGUAUUAAUCGACGCAUUGUGGGCGCGGCGAACUCGGUGCCCGGGAUGAAUGCGUUGAUUGGGAAGAUUGGCUCGAAGAGGAGACGGGAUGCGUUGAUUUUGGGGGCUUUUAUUGGGUUUUGCUUUUUGAUGUUGCUUUGGUUGAGGUGA